AUGUUGAAGUGCUUCCUGUGCAUGGCCGGAGGGCUGGACCGGCCAGAGCGCGACGGGAAGGAGCAAAAGGACGCGGCGAACCAGUUCACGCAGCUCGGGUACGGCAAGGCCGACGUCGCUGCGCUCAAAGCCGAGGCGCGCAAGAUGUCGGUUACCGGCCGGCGGCAGAGCGAGAUGAUGAUGCAACAGAACAUAGGGAGGCUGCGGGCGGGGUCCGCGCUCGACAUGAACGACGUCGGCGUCGUGCAGGGCAGCGGCGCAAGUCGAAGGAUGCGGCGACCUGGCAUGCAGUCCACGAUGGUGGUGGAGCAGAGUGCCGUCAGCCGCUCAGCGAGGUCUAACCGUCGGAUGACGGCCAUGGGCAUGAACGGAGGGCGCGGGCCAAGCAACAGGGACGUGCUCGGUGGCGCCCCAGGCCCAGGGGGCGCGAGGGGCGGGCGGGGCGAGAGCCGCUUGAGCAACAUGGGCAUGGCCGCCCGCGGGGCCAGCCUGACGGGAGGCACCUCUCGCACGACUCCAGCGCCGCGGCUGCCCCAGCGGAGGCCGGACGACCGCGGACCGCGCGACAACCGCGCCCAGAUGCAGCGGCUGAUGAACGAGGACUACGACUUCGCGCCGCGGCGGCAGGACGACGCGGACGAGGAGGCCUAUUACGAGCCGCUGCCGGACCGCGGCGGGCCGCGCAGGAGCGACUCGGCGUACGUGGGCGAGGACAAGGUCUCGAACCACGAGGGCCCCGAGCGGGAGAGCGGGAAGGUGACGCGGGCCAACGGGAGCACGCAGGGGGUGCUGGAGGAGGCGCGCGGGGACGAUGGGCGCCGGGACGACGACAGGCGGCGUCCGGAUGACCGCGUGGACACCCGCGAUGCGCAGCGGUACAGCGAGGAGCGCGCACGCAACAGCCGGGACAUGCGCCCCGGCAGCAACCACGACAGCUACGAUGACCGCGACCGGCGCAGGGACGACCGCGACCGGUACGACGACCGCGACCGGCGCAGGGACGACCGCGACCGGUACGACGACCGCGACCGGCGCAGGGACGACCGCGACCGGUACGACGACCGCGACCGGCGCAGGGAUGACCGCGACCGGCACGACGACCGCGACCGGCGCCGCGACGACGACAGGGACCGCUACGACAGGGACAGGCGCCGCGACGAUGACCGUGACCGCUACGACGACCGUGACCGUGACCGUGACCGGCACGACAGGGACCGCUAUGACGACAGGUACCGGCCGGACAACCGCCCCCGCAAGGUCGACAGCCGCGACCGCUACGACGACCGCGCCCGGGGCAGCCGGAGCGGCGGCCCCUCGCGCGACGAGGGUUACCGGCACCGUGGGAGCUACGGCGACCAGCACGAGCAGCGGGACUCGCGCGGGAGCUAUGGCGACCAGCAGCAGGCGCGCGGGAGCUACGGGGACCAGCAGCAGGCGCGCGGGAGCUACGGGGACGCGCAGUACGCGCGCGGCGGCGCGUACGACCACUUGGACGUGCAGUCCACGGGCCCGCGGGGCGGCGGGAGCGGCGUCCGCGCCCGGGCGCGCCGCGGGCAGUCGAAGCGCGACUCCUUUGCGGCCAUCAUCCAGGGCGAGGUGCGGCGCAACAGCGUGACGGCGGCCACGUGCCGCGACGCUAUGCGCGCCGGCAUCGCCGCGGGCGCGCGUAGCGGGCAGUCGUUCUCGGGCAAGAGCCGCGGCAGCGGCAUCAACGGCGCUCGCAGCGGAGGCUCGUUCACCGGGCGCGCCGCGAUGAACAUGCGCCAGGAGCUGGGCUUCGCGGGCCCCAGCCGGCGCCAGGACCCGUCCUCUGGCGCGUCACAGCGCAGCCGGGGCGUGCCGGGCGCGCGCUCUCGGCUUGGGCCAGUCAAUGCCGCGGCGGAGGGUCGCCGGAUGACAAUGCAGCCGGAUGACGACGAGGAGCUCGCGACGCGCACGUCACUGCCUGUGCCCGACGGCGCGCGCCGCAACGGGCCGGCGCCGGCGCCGCGCGGCGCGGCGUCGAGCAGGGACGUGGCCCCGCGGAACGACUACGGGGGUCGCCCGAGGGACCGCGCCGCUGCGACGCGCGCCGCGUCGUGGCAGAAGCAGCAGGAGGGCGGCGGCAGCACCCACGACGCACCAGACUCCACGAGGAGGCCCAAACCUACGCGUGUGGCGUCCUGGGAGGACCCUGACGAGAACGCAGAGGACGACCACUUCCGCGAACUCGUGACGACGUGA